CGUGGCCCCAGUCUCAGCAAAAACCAUACUUUUUGCGCCACACGUCUGGUAUAGCCUGAUCAACGACACAGCUCCCACUAUGCGUCUCAUCCAGCCUUCUAAUCUCAUAUCGCAAUCACUCUCUCGCCUUCUCUUCCGCCCCCCGCCGGCACGCCGAGCCCCACGUGCCCCACGCGCCCAGCCAUCAGCCACUCUCAGACCGAAACAACGGCCAUACAGCACAGCCUCUCAAAAGCCGAACUCGGGCGCGCCGUUAACAACAUCGCCGACCUCGACGACGACGACGACGACGACGACGACAACAACAACAACAAACACAACAGCAUCUUCAGCAGCAACAGCAGGAGCAGACUCGACAAGAGCAGCAGCAGCAGCAACCACCCGCCUGACCCGACUGCUGUCUCGCCUGCCGCGGCCGCUGCAGCGGUACGCCUCGCGCCUGCGCGGCGCCCCCCUCACGCACGUCGCCGCCUUCCUCGUCCUGCACGAGAUCACCGCCGUGGUGCCCCUGCUCGCCCUGUUCGGGCUGUUCCACUACACCGACCGCGCACCCGUCUCGUCGGCGUGGGUGGUCGAGCAUUGCGGCGCCUACGUGCGGGAGGGCGUCGGCCGGUUCGAGCGCUGGUUCGCCAAGAAGGGCUGGUUUGGCUUCGGGGAGGAGGAGGAGGAGGAGGAGGAGGCGUCUUCUCCCUCUUAUUCGCCUUCUUCUGGAGAGAAGGGUAAGCAGGGAAGCGCGAGCCGGGAACUGGAGGGGUUGGGAACGGCGGAAACGGAGGCGGCGCUGGAGAGGUGGGAGGCCGAUCCCAAGUAUCGGAUCCUUGUCGAGAUUGGUCUGGCGUACGCGCUGACCAAGGUGCUCCUUCCGGUGAGAAUCGCGGCGAGCGUGUGGGCGACGCCGUGGUUUGCCGGAGUGUUGGGGAGGUUGGGCAGGUUGGCGAGGAUGAGAGGGUGAUGGUUCGGUCAAACGUAUAGAGACAUAUCCGUCCGUCCCGGGUCGUCAAAGCAAGAAACCACCCCGACUAGCGGUCGAAUCUACGGCCUGAAAAGGCC